AUGAAUCCUCAGCAGCCACCGUACGGCCAACCCCCCCAAGGCGGCUACCCAGGCUACCAGUCUCCGCAACCCGGGCAGCAGCCUCCCCAAGGUCAAUAUCCUCCCCAGGGACCGCCAGGACAGUACCAGCAGCCGUACGGUCAGCCACCGCAGGGCCAGCCUCCCCAAGGACAGUACGCGCCUCCCAGCCAGCCUCCGCCAGGCCAGUAUCCUCAAGGCCAGUAUCCUCAAGGCCAAUAUCCUCCCCAGGGACCACCUGGGCAAUACCAGCAGCCGUACGGCCAGCCUCCUCAGUACCCUCCCCAAGGUCAGUACGCACCUCCUAGCCAGCCUCCGCCAGGCCAGUAUUCUCAGGGCCAAUAUCCCCCUCAACCACCACCACAAGGCUACCCAGGCCAGCCUCCUCAGCAACCUUACUCGCCUCAUCCCCCGCAGGGCUACCAGGGACAGCCACCACCACCCCAGCAGUAUGGACAGCCCUACGGCCAAUACCCCCCUCAACAACAUGGCCAAUAUCCCCCUCAGCCCUACGGACAGGCACCCCCAGCCCCUGCGUCGCAAGGGUACGACCUUGCACAGAAGCAGUUCACGCAGCAUGUAGACACAUCACCCGACGUGGAGGCCCUCCGCAAGGCCAUGAAGGGUAUGGGCUGCGACGAGCGUGCUCUGAUCAGAGUUCUCACGGGACCGAAAUAUUCGAAUCCGUGGGCCAUGCAGCAGCUCGUGGACGACUAUAACAAGCGUUUCAUCCGGGACCUGCGCAAGGACAUCAAGAGCGAGACGCGGGGUACCUUUGAAGACGCUCUCCUAGCGCUCAUACGGGGGCCCCUCGAAAAUGAUGUUCGCACGCUCGACGAAGCUAUGGAUCGUGCUGGGACAGACGAAGUCGCCCUCGCUGAUGUCCUGCUGGGCCGCACCAACGCUGAUGCCCGCGCCAUCGCGGCCGAGUACAAGCGCAUCAAGGGCAAAGAUCUCUUGACGGAGAUCAAGAGCGAGGUCAACGAUACCCUCUUCCGCCUCUACAGCAUGGCCUUGAGCGGCGCCCGUGCCGAUCCAUCCGCGCCCGUCCACCCUGUCGAGAUCGACACCAAGGUCACCGAGCUACACCAGGCCACAGAGGGCAUCAUUGGCGCCAACGCCAUCUCCGUCGCCCAGAUCCUGGCCACCUCCAACGACGCCCAGAUCCACGCCAUCAGCGAAGCCUACCAGCGGAAGUACCACCGCAAUCUGCAGGACGUGAUCGAGAAAGAGUUUCGCGGCGAUACGGAGGACGCCCUGCUGCACAUGCUGAUCAAGGCGCGAGACAGGGCCAAGGCAGAUGCGGACUGGCUCCGGGCGCCACUGCUGCGUAAGUCGGGGACUAAGGAGAAGCACUUUAUCUACCGGGUCACUACGCUGUACUGGGACAGGUCACGCCUGGAGGCGGCCAAGGAUGCGUACGAGAGGGAGCACGGGAGGAGACUGGCAACGGAUGUCAAGGCAUAUCUCGAUGGCGAUUACGAACAUUUGGUAGUGGCUCUAAUCGGCGGGAAGAGCUAG